AUGCUAAGCCUACAAAUAGACUCUGCCUCCCAGGAGAAAAAUAUCACAGUUCUCGAAAAAGCCAUCCUUGACCAAGAAGGACCUGCCAAGGUGGCUCAUACACGCCUGGAGACCAGGACACAUCGGCCUAAUGUGGAGCUGUGUCGCGACGUUGCACAGUACAGGCUGAUCAAGGAGGUCGAUGAGAUCACCCACAACGUCACAAGAUUAAAGGAAACAUUGGCCCAAGCUCAAGUAGAGCUGCAAGGCCUGAAUCGCAGGCAGCUCGCCCUGCAGGAGGAGAUCCAAGUCAAAGAGAAUACCAUCUACAUCGAUGAAGUGCUGUGUACGCAUAUGAGGAAGUCCAUCUUGCCCCUACAUCCCCUACAAUCACUACUCCUUCCCUCUACUUCAUGUUAUAAGUGCUCUUCUGCAGAGAGUUGUGUAGAUGUGCUGUUUCCAUUUCCUCACUCCCCAAUUCUCUUUUCAACCCACUCCUAUCUUGAUUCUACCCCCGACAUGGCACUGGCACUGAAACUGCUCUUGCCGGGUUGCCGGUGA